AUGAACUGUUGUCAAACUUCAUCAAGCCACUCCUGGGUUUUUCCCACCAUAAUUCUCUGCUUAUUUGGAUUUUUCUCAAUGAUGAAACCAUCGGAGCCAUUUGUCAUACCUUAUUUGGCAGGACCAGAUAAAAAUAUGAGCCUCAGCAUGAUCACAAAAGACAUCUUACCCAUUUGGACCUAUUCUUACCUGGUGCUGCUGCUCCCUGUGUUUGUCCUCACUGAUUAUGUCCGUUACAAGCCAGUCAUCAUCUUACAAGGGAUUAGCUUCAUCAUUACCUGGCUGCUGCUUGUAUUUGGUCAAGGAUUAAGAACCAUGCAGGUGCUGGAAUUCUUCUACGGUUUGGUGUCUGCCACUGAGGUGGCCUACUAUGCUUACAUAUACAGUGUGGUCAGCCCAGAGCACUAUCAGAGAGUGAGUGGCUACUGUAGGAGUAUCACGCUGGUGGCCUACACUGUGGCCUCUGUGUUGGCCCAACUCUUGGUAUCCCUGGUGAACCUGUCAUACUUUUACCUCAACGUCAUAUCCUUGGCCUCUGUCUCCAUGGCCUUCCUUUUCUCACUUUUUCUGCCAAUGCCUAAGAAGAGCAUGUUUUUUCAUGCAAAACCCAACAAAGACGUUCCUCAAAAGUCACCAGGAGAGGUUGCUGUCAUAGAGGAACCUCACAAGGAUCAUAAAACAGUCCACAAAGAAUUACUCCCCAUUUCAGAAAACCUGGAUGCCUGCCAGUUAAACAGCCCAAAGCCAAGCAAUGUGGCUUCCAAAGUUUUUGCACAGUGGUUCCAAGAUCUGAAGGAGUGCUACUCCUCAAAGCAUCUUUUUUACUGGUCCCUGUGGUGGGCUUUUUCCACAGCAGGUUUUAACCAGGUUUUAAACUAUGUUCAAAUCCUGUGGGAUUACAAGGCACCAUCUCAAAGUUCUACAAUAUAUAAUGGAGCAGUGGAAGCCCUUGCAACCUUUGGGGGGGCCAUGGCAGCCUUCACAGUGGGCUACGUGAAAGUCAACUGGGAUCUCCUAGGAGAGUUGGCUUUGGGGAUCUUCUCAGCAGCAAAUGCAGGGUCUCUGUUCCUCAUGCAUUUCACAACUAAUAUUUGGGUGUGCUAUGCUGGCCUUUUGAUCUUCAAGUCAAGUUAUAUGCUUCUUAUAACCAUAGCAGUAUUUCAGAUUGCGGUUAAUCUGAGCAUGGAACGCUAUGCCUUGGUAUUCGGAAUCAACACAUUCAUUGCCUUGGUAAUUCAGACCAUCAUGACUGUGACUGUGGUUGACAGCCAAGGAUUAGGGCUUCCUGUCAACAUUCAGUUUUUAGUUUAUGGAAGUUAUUUCUCAAUCAUUGCUGGAAUUUUCCUACUGAGAAGCUUUUAUACAAUCUAUUCAGCCGCACUUGGAAAGAAAAAAAGUAGUCCCAUAAGUGAUCAGAAUCCAGAUGAAUUGGGGGGAUCCCAGCACUUCUGCUGGCAACAGCCCUUCCCACAGCCACAGCCACACGAGCCACAGCCGCAGGUGCGGCGGCAGCAGCAGACCACGGGCGUGCUGCAGCAGCCCCCACAGCAGCCGCGGCAGCAGGGGCAGCAGUUGGAGCAGCAGCCCACCCGAAGGAGACACUGGACCUCCCUCACCUCUCCUGAGUCCUCUCUCCUCACUUCACCUGAGUCCUCUCUACUGACACCAUGGGUUGCUGUGGUUGUGGUGGCUGUGGUGGUGGCUGCGGUUGUGGUGGCUGUGGCAGCUGCACCAGUUGCAGGUGCUACCGGGUGGGCUGCUGCUCCAGCUGCUGCCCCUGCUGCCGCGGCUGCUGUGGGGGCUGCUGCAGCACGCCCGUGGUCUGCUGCUGCCGUCGCACCUGUGGCUGUGGCUCAUGUGGCUGUGGCUGUGGGAAGGGCUGUUGCCAGCAGAAGUGUUGCUGCCAGAAGAAGUGCUGCUGUUAGGCGGCUGCCUGGCCUCUGGGCGGGGGCUGCAGUUAACUGCUGGAUGAGGAAAUUUACUGCACAGACAAGCUGGCUGACCUUCAUUGCAGGCCACAGCCUCUGCCACGUAACCACACAAGCUUCUGCCGAAGCCUUCUCUGGCACUGGCCAAAAUAGGCCAAGUGUGAAGGAGAGAGAAUACAUUAAAAAGUCCUCAGGGAACAAAAAGCCACAAGAUUCAGAUGCGAAGCCUGGGAACACCCAUUGCAGAAAAGACAGGAUCUCAGAAUCUGGGUGCAAAGUCACAGCCCAAGAGGAUAAGUACCUGAAUACCCAGAGGACAGAUGAGGCAGCAACAUUUCUGCUGGCAGCAGCACUUCUGCUGGCAACAGCCCUUCCCACAGCCGCAGCCACACGAGCCACAGCCGCAGGUGCGGCAGCAGCAGACCACGGGCGUGCUGCAGCAGCCCCCACAGCAGCCACGGCAGCAGGGGCAGCAGUUGGAGCAGCAGCCCACCCGGUAGCACCUGCAGCUGGUGCAGCUGCCGCAGCCACCACAACCACCACCACAGCCACCGCAGCCGCCACAGCCACCACAGCCGCCACAACCACCACCACAGCCACCGCAGCCGCCACAGCCACCACAGCCGCCACCGCAGCCACCACAACCACAGCAACCCAUGGCAGUCAGUAG